AUGCGCUCCUCUCAUUCGCUCCUCUCAUUCGCUCCUCUCAUUCGCUCCUCUCAUUCGCUCCUCUCAUUCGCUCCUCUCAUUCGCUCCUCUCAUGCGCUCCUCUCAUUCGCUCCUCUCAUUCGCUCCUCUCAUUCGCUCCUCUCAUUCGCUCCUCUCAUUCGCUCCUCUCAUUCGCUCCUCUCAUGCGCUCCUCUCAUUCGCUCCUCUCAUUCGCUCCUCUCAUUCGCUCCUCUCAUGCGCUCCUCUCAUUCGCUCCUCUCAUGCGCUCCUCUCAUUCGCUCCUCUGAUUCGCUCCUCUCAUGCGCUCCUCUCAUUCGCUCCUCUCAUGCGCUCCUCUCAUUCGCUCCUCCCAUGCGCUCCUCUCAUUCGCUCCUCUCAUGCGCUCCUCACAUUCGCUCCUCUCAUGCGCUCCUCUCAUUCGCUCCUCUCAUGCGCUCCUCUCAUUCGCUCCUCUCAUGCGCUCCUCUCAUUCGCUCCUCUCAUGCGCUCCUCUCAUUCGCUCCUCUCAUGCGCUCCUCUCAUUCGCUCCUCUCAUGCGCUCCUCUCAUUCGCUCCUCUCAUGCGCUCCUCUCAUUCGCUCCUCUCAUGCGCUCCUCUCAUUCGCUCCUCUCAUGCGCUCCUCUCAUUCGCUCCUCUCAUGCGCUCCUCUCAUUCGCUCCUCUCAUUCGCUCCUCUCAUUCGCUCCUCUCAUUCGCUCCUCUCAUGCGCUCCUCUCAUUCGCUCCUCUCAUUCGCUCCUCUCAUUCGCUCCUCUCAUUCGCUCCUCUCAUUCGCUCCUCUCAUUCGCUCCUCUCAUUCGCUCCUCUCACUCGCUCCUCUCAUGCGCUCCUCUCAUUCGCUCCUCUCAUUCGCUCCUCUCAUUCGCUCCUCUCAUGCGCUCCUCUCAUUCGCUCCUCUCAUGCGCUCCUCUCAUUCGAUCCUCUCAUUCGCUCCUCUCAUUCGCUCCUCUCAUGCGCUCCUCUCAUUCGCUCCUCUCAUGCGCUCCUCUCAUUCGCUCCUCUCAUGCGCUCCUCUCAUUCGCUCCUCUCAUGCGCUCGUCACAUUCGCUCCUCUCAUGCGCUCCUCUCAUUCGCUCCUCUCAUGCGCUCCUCUCAUUCGCUCCUCUCAUGCGCUCCUCUCAUUCGCUCCUCUCAUGCGCUCCUCUCAUUCGCUCCUCUCAUGCGCUCCUCUCAUUCGCUCCUCUCAUGCGCUCCUCUCAUUCGCUCCUCUCAUGCGCUCCUCUCAUUCGCUCCUCUCAUGCGCUCCUCUCAUUCGCUCCUCUCAUGCGCUCCUCUCAUUCGCUCCUCUCAUUCGCUCCUCUCAUUCGCUCCUCUCAUGCGCUCCUCUCAUUCGCUCCUCUCAUGCGCUCCUCUCAUUCGCUCCUCUCAUGCGCUCCUCUCAUUCGCUCCUCUCAUUCGCUCCUCUCAUUCGCUCCUCUCAUGCGCUCCUCUCAUUCGCUCCUCUCAUGCGCUCCUCUCAUUCGCUCCUCUCAUGCGCUCCUCUCAUUCGCUCCUCUCAUUCGCUCCUCUCAUUCGCUCCUCUCAUUCGCUCCUCUCAUGCGCUCCUCUCAUUCGCUCCUCUCAUUCGCUCCUCUCAUUCGCUCCUCUCAUUCGCUCCUCUCAUGCGCUCCUCUCAUUCGCUCCUCUCAUUCGCUCCUCUCAUUCGCUCCUCUCAUGCGCUCCUCUCAUUCGCUCCUCUCAUGCGCUCCUCUCAUUCGCUCCUCUCAUGCGCUCCUCUCAUUCGCUCCUCUCAUUCGCUCCUCUCAUUCGCUCCUCUCAUUCGCUCCUCUCAUGCGCUCCUCUCAUUCGCUCCUCUCAUGCGCUCGUCUCAUUCGCUCCUCUCAUGCACUCCUCUCAUUCGCUCCUCUCAUUCGCUCCUCUCAUUCGCUCCUCUCAUGCGCUCCUCUCAUUCGCUCCUCUCAUGCGCUCCUCUCAUUCGCUCCUCUCAUGCGCUCCUCUCAUUCGCUCCUCUCAUGCGCUCCUCUCAUUCGCUCCUCUCAUGCGCUCCUCUCAUUCGCUCCUCUCAUGCGCUCCUCUCAUUCGCUCCUCUCAUGCGCUCCUCUCAUUCGCUCCUCUCAUGCGCUCCUCUCAUUCGCUCAUCUCAUGCGCUCCUCUCAUUCGCUCCUCUCAUGCGCUCCUCUCAUUCGCUCCUCUCAUGCGCUCGUCACAUUCGCUCCUCUCAUGCGCUCCUCUCAUUCGCUCCUCUCAUGCGCUCCUCUCAUUCGCUCCUCUCAUGCGCUCCUCUCAUUCGCUCCUCUCAUGCGCUCCUCUCAUUCGCUCCUCUCAUGCGCUCCUCUCAUUCGCUCCUCUCAUUCGCUCCUCUCAUUCGCUCCUCUCAUGCGCUCCUCUCAUUCGCUCCUCUCAUGCGCUCCUCUCAUUCGCUCCUCUCAUGCGCUCCUCUCAUUCGCUCCUCUCAUUCGCUCCUCUCAUUCGCUCCUCUCAUGCGCUCCUCUCAUUCGCUCCUCUCAUGCGCUCCUCUCAUUCGCUCCUCUCAUUCGCUCCUCUCAUGCGCUCCUCUCAUUCGCUCCUCUCAUUCGCUCCUCUCAUUCGCUCCUCUCAUGCGCUCCUCUCAUGCGCUCCUCUCAUGCGCUCCUCUCAUGCGCUCCUCUCAUUCGCCCCUCUCAUGCGCUCCUCUCAUUCGCUCCUCUCAUGCGCUCCUCUCAUUCGCUCCUCUCAUUCGCUCCUCUCAUGCGCUCCUCUCAUUCGCUCCUCUCAUUCGCUCCUCUCAUUCGCUCCUCUCAUUCGCUCCUCUCAUGCGCUCCUCUCAUUCGCUCCUCUCAUGCGCUCCUCUCAUUCGCUCCUCUCAUGCGCUCCUCUCAUUCGCUCCUCUCAUGCGCUCCUCUCAUUCGCUCCUCUCAUGCGCUCGUCACAUUCGCUCCUCUCAUGCGCUCCUCUCACUCGCUCCUCUCAUGCGCUCCUCUCAUUCGCUCCUCUCAUUCGCUCCUCUCAUUCGCUCCUCUCAUUCGCUCCUCUCAUUCACUCCUCUCAUGCGCUCCUCUCAUUCGCUCCUCUCAUUCGCUCCUCUCAUUCGCUCCUCUCAUGCGCUCUCUCAUUCGCUCCUCUCAUUCGCUCCUCUCAUUCGCUCCUCUCAUUCGCUCCUCUCAUGCGCUCCUCUCAUUCGCUCCUCUCAUUCGCUCCUCUCAUUCGCUCCUCUCAUGCGCUCCUCUCAUUCGCUCCUCUCAUGCGCUCCUCUCAUUCGCUCCUCUCAUUCGCUCCUCUCAUUCGCUCCUCUCAUGCGCUCCUCUCAUUCGCUCCUCUCAUGCGCUCCUCUCAUUCGCUCCUCUCAUGCGCUCCUCUCAUUCGCUCCUCUCAUUCGCUCCUCUCAUUCGCUCCUCUCAUGCGCUCCUCUCAUUCGCUCCUCUCAUGCGCUCCUCUCAUUCGCUCCUCUCAUGCGCUCCUCUCAUUCGCUCCUCUCAUGCGCUCCUCUCAUUCGCUCCUCUCAUGCGCUCCUCUCAUUCGCUCCUCUCAUGCGCUCCUCUCAUUCGCUCCUCUCAUGCGCUCCUCUCAUUCGCUCCUCUCAUGCGCUCCUCUCAUUCGCUCCUCUCAUGCGCUCCUCUCAUUCGCUCCUCUCAUUCGCUCCUCUCAUUCGCUCCUCUCAUUCGCUCCUCUCAUGCGCUCCUCUCAUUCGCUCCUCUCAUGCGCUCCUCUCAUUCGCUCCUCUCAUGCGCUCCUCUCAUUCGCUCCUCUCAUUCGCUCCUCUCAUUCGCUCCUCUCAUGCGCUCCUCUCAUUCGCUCCUCUCAUUCGCUCCUCUCAUUCGCUCCUCUCAUUCGCUCCUCUCAUUCGCUCCUCUCAUUCGCUCCUCUCAUUCGCUCCUCUCAUGCGCUCCUCUCAUUCGCUCCUCUCAUUCGCUCCUCUCAUUCGCUCCUCUCAUUCGCUCCUCUCAUGCGCUCCUCUCAUUCGCUCCUCUCAUGCGCUCCUCUCAUUCGCUCCUCUGAUUCGCUCCUCUCAUGCGCUCUUCUCAUUCGCUCCUCUCAUGCGCUCCUCUCAUUCGCUCCUCCCAUGCGCUCCUCUCAUUCGCUCCUCUCAUGCGCUCGUCACAUUCGCUCCUCUCAUGCGCUCCUCUCAUUCGCUCCUCUCAUGCGCUCCUCUCAUUCGCUCCUCUCAUGCGCUCCUCUCAUUCGCUCCUCUCAUGCGCUCCUCUCAUUCGCUCCUCUCAUGCGCUCCUCUCAUUCGCUCCUCUCAUGCGCUCCUCUCAUUCGCUCCUCUCAUGCGCUCCUCUCAUUCGCUCCUCUCAUGCGCUCCUCUCAUUCGCUCCUCUCAUGCGCUCCUCUCAUUCGCUCCUCUCAUUCGCUCCUCUCAUUCGCUCCUCUCAUGCGCUCCUCUCAUUCGCUCCUCUCAUGCGCUCCUCUCAUUCGCUCCUCUCAUGCGCUCCUCUCAUUCGCUCCUCUCAUUCGCUCCUCUCAUUCGCUCCUCUCAUGCGCUCCUCUCAUUCGCUCCUCUCAUGCGCUCCUCUCAUUCGCUCCUCUCAUGCGCUCCUCUCAUUCGCUCCUCUCAUUCGCUCCUCUCAUUCGCUCCUCUCAUGCGCUCCUCUCAUUCGCUCCUCUCAUGCGCUCCUCUCAUUCGCUCCUCUCAUUCGCUCCUCUCAUUCGCUCCUCUCAUUCGCUCCUCUCAUUCGCUCCUCUCAUGCGCUCCUCUCAUUCGCUCCUCUCAUGCGCUCCUCUCAUUCGCUCCUCUCAUGCGCUCCUCUCAUGCGCUCCUCUCAUUCGCCCCUCUCAUGCGCUCCUCUCAUUCGCUCCUCUCAUGCGCUCCUCUCAUUCGCUCCUCUCAUGCGCUCCUCUCAUUCGCUCCUCUCAUUCGCUCCUCUCAUUCGCUCCUCUCAUUCGCUCCUCUCUUGCGCUCCUCUCUUGCGCUCCUCUCACGUGCCAGGCACGCAGCUAGCGCAGCUGGGCGCGUGGGACGCACACGGCACGCCUUCCCCACCCGCCACCACUGCAGGAAGGUACUGGGGGGAGUGAGGCAGGCGGCGCUGGUGUGUGGGGAUGGCAUGCUGGUGAGCUACGCGUGGAAGCGCCACAUCGCUGCUCAUGCCGCCACCACCGCUGCCAAGCGCACCGGAGGCGCCCUCCCCUCUCUGCGCCCAUCGGUUCCUCGUCCCUGCAUGCAUCUCGCCGUCCUCCUCCAAACCGAAUGCGCCGCUGCUCCCCUGCGUUCCCAUCUCACUACCACACCACGGGCCACGGCCACUUCAUGCAUCUUGUUCAACUAUUCUUCUUCUCUUCCCUCUCCCCAUUUCCCCUUCCCCCUAGUGGCGCUCGCGGCAUUUCAGCGCCACAGGCAGCGCUGCUUCCCGGCCCUCGCGGCGCCGCCUCUCACGCUCGCUGCACUCGCCCGCCACCUCGCCCACCGACCCACAGCCUGCCCUGCUGACGCCACGGCACUGCCUGCUGCUGCUGCUGCUGCUGCUGCUGGCAGUGGUGGCGGGGGGAAGGUGCAGGUAGCAGGUGGUGAUGAAAGUGGGGAAGGCACAUGCGCUGCCACCGAUGCUGCCACUGCCGCUACUGCCCCUCAUGCUGCUGCUGCUGCUGCUGCUGCUGCUGCUGCUGCUGCUGCUGCUGCAACAACACGCUCAGAAGGAGCAGCAGAAGCCACCUCCGUCAACACAGGUGCUUCUGGGGAAGGUACUCCUGCAGCUGCUGCCGAUACGCCUGCUGCCGCUUCCGAAGCUGGCCGCGAUGGCCCGGGACCAGGGUUGGGCCGAGCCACCCCACCAGCAGGCUUGGGGGUGAUGGGGGCGCUAGGUGCGGUUGGACUCGGUCGGGGGAGGGUGGGGGGACUGGUUCGCGGCCUUGGGGCGUUUGGGCGGAUGGGGGGGAUAGGAGGAAGUAUAGGGGGGAGUAUUGGGGGAAUGGGGGCAGGGGCGGGGGGGGGUGUGGGGGGGGGGAAUGCAAUGGAGGCGGAUGACCUGGGGGGGGGCGAUGAGAUGAUGAUGCUGGGGGGGGACUUUGGCGGCGAGGACAUGGACGUGGAUGUGGAUGGGCGCGGCGCGGCCGAUGGGGGGGACGGGGGAGGCGCUCAGGCAGAGGAGCAGGAGGCAGGUGGGACGGAGGGAGAGGGAAUGGGAGGCGUGGAGAGGAAUGAAGGGCGAAGGCCGGUCUCUGGUACUGGGGAAGGAGGUGGGGAAGGGGGAGAAGGGCGUGGGGUGGAAAAAGCAGAGGGGGCAGGGGCGAAGGGAGGUGAAGGGGGGAAUGAAAGCAAGGUAGGUGUAGGUGGUGAUGGUGGUGGUGGUGGUGAUGGUGAUGGUGAUGGUGAUGGUGAUGGUGAUGGUGAUGGUGAUGGUGAUGGUGAUGGUGAUGGUGAUGGUGAUGGUGGUGGUGGAGGGGAAAGCGCAGGGCGUGCGGGUGGGGUGACAGGAAAAUCAAUGAGUGGUGGUGAUGUUGGCGCUGGCAGUGUGGGUGGCACUGGCGACACUGAUGCUCCUGGUGCUGCUCAUGCGCAUGCUGGCGCAGCGGGAGCCAAGGCCGUGAAGAGGAGGCGGGGCGAGGGGGGUGGCGGGGAGGGCGGCAUGGAGGGGAGCAGCGACCCCGUGCUGCGCGGUGUGCUGCAGCGCGUGCGCGUGGCGUGCCCCUCCUUGCACCUCGCCCUGCUGCGCCGCUCCUCCUGGCCGACCCACCUCAUGGGGCACACCGGCACAUGCGCUGCUGCUGUGCAUGAUGGGGGGGGGAGGGCAGGGCGAAUGGAGAGGGGGGAGAGAGACGAGGGAGGAGAGAACAGGGAGAGGGAGAAGGGGCAAGUGAAGAAGGAGAAAGUGGAGCAGGAGCAAGGAGAGGCGACAGAAGAAGCACCCCCUUCAAGAAAAGCUCCUUUAGAACUGCAAGCCUCGCCCGCUCAAAGACGAGGGCUGGGGCAAGGGGGAGCCCAGGUCGUGUGUCCUCCAGGAGUGAUUGAGGCGAGGGUUCCUGGAGCCUUCCGUGCAGUGAUCUCCCUCAUGCCAGCUGGCAGCUCACGAGUGGAUGGGGUCGCUGUGUUUGGGACAAACGAGGUGGGGCCGCACGUGCAUGCAUGGGGGCAGUCACACCACAUGGCCUUCCAGCUCAUAACUGCACAAGCACGGCAAGCGGUGCACAAGCUGCGCUGUGCUGCCUCAACGCAUCCCUCCGCAGGAGCAUGCAGCACUCCGCCUCUGCAAGGCCUGCUGGAAUGGCUGCACUCCUUCCGCUCCCUCUUCCAGCAGCCCUGCAGUCACUACCGCGUUAGUUGUUCUCUAACCCAUGCCUAUCCACUGUCACCCUCCACCAUCCUUCCACUCAUUUCCGUCUGCCUCCCAUACCCCCUUCCCUCAGCCCCUGUGCUGCAAACACUGCUGCUCUCCCCUACUUUCUGCCUUGUUCUGUCUGUGCUGACGGGGGUUUUGUCUCAUCCACAUUUUCUCUCUUUUCCCCACCGCCUCCCCAACCUGCUCAUCCCAUGCGCGCACCACAGCGCGUGCCAUCGCAUCAUCGCGCUGCACCAUCCCUCCCGCCACCUGCUGCCGCCUGCCAUCCGCCCCUUGCCUGCCCUCGCCUCUGCUGCUCCCGCUGCGUCUGCCAGUGCUGACACUGCCUCUGGUGCUGCUGCCACUCAUGCCUCUUCCGCUCCUGACGCUCAUGCUGGCGCUGAUUCAGGAGCUGUUCAAAGGGGAGACUUGCUCGUGGAGAGAGCAGGCAUGGGGAGCGAGGAGCCAGUGGGAGUGGUUGCAUGGCACUUGGGAUGUGCGAUUCCUUGUGUGUAA